AACAUUAGAGAGAGAGAGAGAGAGAGAGAGAGAGAGAGAUGGCUCAUUCGCACACGAUGAUCGGUGGCAACGGUCGAGAAAGUUACAGUAAGAAUUCCACGUAUCAGAGAGCACUGCUUGAAGCUACAAAGGAAAAGAUCGAUGAAGCCGUCUCCAUGAAACUCGACCUUGGCAUCGCUUCCAGCCACUUCAAUGUCGCGGAUUUCGGUUGUUCCACCGGGCCAAACACGUUUGUGGCGGUCCGAAACAUCAUAGAUGCCGUGGAACACAAGUUUCGUAGACAGACUCAACAGAACCCUAAAGAGAUAGACGAAACCAAUAGAAACAACCCUAAAGAGAUCGAGUUCCAAGUUUUCUUCAACGAUCAUUCCAACAACGAUUUCAACACUCUCUUUAAGACACUUCCUCCUCCGACAACGAGGGAAUAUUUUGCUGUCGGGGUUCCAGGCUCGUUCUAUUCCCGUGUUCUUCCGAGAAACAACCUCCAUUUAGGCCAUUGUUCAUAUUCACUUCACUGGCUGUCCCAAGUCCCGGAAAAUGUCACGGAGUUUAACAAGGACAGUAUUCAUUGUACCGGAUUCGUCAAAGAGGUUACCGAAGCGUAUCUUGGUCAGUUCAAGAUCGACUUUGGAAGUUUCUUGGAUGCAAGAGCUCAAGAGCUUGUGUCUGGAGGCUUGCUCAUGCUUCUUGGAUCAUGUCUACCUGACGGUGUUCAAAUGUCUGAAACUAUGAAAGGGAAGAUCAUCGAUUGUGCUGGUUCUUGCCUCGGUGACAUGGCUAAAUCGGGAUUGAUCGAAAGAGAAAAGGUGGAGUCUUUCAACAUGCCCAUCUACUUUGCACAAGAGAGUGAGUUCAAGCAAGUUAUAGAGAAGAAUGGUGGAUUCACGAUCGAGAAGAUGGAGAGAGUGAGCCACGAGAACGAGGAGUUUCCUUCGGACGCAAGGUUCUUGAGGGAUUCGUACAGAGCGGCGUUCGGAGGAGUUGCAGAGGCGAGUUUCGGCGGAGAUAUGGUUGACAAGAUGAUGGAUCUGUUCGAGGAGAAAGUUCAUGAGUUCAUUGACAAGCCAACCAAAGCCGGAAUGCAGUUCUUCGUUCUUCUGCGAAGAAACUGAACUGAUCAAGGAUUUUAUGUUUGGCUUUACAAUAAUGUUUUUUUCCUCUCUGGAUCGAGAAGAGAAUAAAGAGUAGUCAAAAGAAGGAUUGAAAAUGGCUCCCGCUGUUCCCAACUUCCCCGUCCUCGUAUGUUUAUUGCUCCUCAAACCUAAUAGAUAUGGUGUAUACGUAUAUAUA